GAAAUACAUACGACAGAUCAAUUAUAGUUGACGGGGAAGAAGCUUCUCUCGUGGUGUUUGAUAUAUGGGAGCAGGAUGACAGCCAAUGGCUUCAGAACCACUGUAUGAAAAUGGGAGAUGCCUAUAUUAUUGUAUAUUCAGUGACAGACAAAGUUAGUUUUGAAAAGGCCUCUGAGCUAAGAAUCCAGCUAAGAAGAGCAAGGCAAACAGAAGACAUUCCUAUUAUUCUUGUGGGCAAUAAAAGUGACCUGGUCAGGUCCCGGGAAGUCUCAGUUGAUGAGGGACGGGCCUGUGCUGUUGUAUUUGACUGCAAAUUCAUCGAGACCUCGGCUGCUCUUCAUCAUAAUGUCAAGGACCUGUUCGAAGGUAUUGUUCGGCAGAUCAGGCUUCGCAAAGACAGUAAAGAAGACAACGCGAGGAGAAUGGCCAACACAAAAAGAAGAGAAAGCAUAGGCAAAAAGGCAAAGCGAUUCCUUGGGAGAAUUGUGGCAAAGAACAAUAAGAAGAUGGCUUUCAAAGCAAAAUCAAAGUCUUGCCAUGACUUAUCUGUGCUUUAGAAGCUUUCAGCAAGGCCAGAUGUUGCACAUGGGUGAUGAACAAGCAUUAGACUGUUAUGAGAAGCGUAUGGAUGAUCCUCAUGGUGAUAACAAGAAGGACAUCAAUUAAGACUCUCGUUAAUGCCUUAAGGUGCACAAGCAAGUCUGGAAGCUACACUACAAUGUCUGCUUCAUUGAUAAAUGGUUUGUUCCAAUGUGUGCAAGUAAACGAACUAUAUAAGUGGCUUGACAUGCCCACGUUUUCACUGUGUACAUAUGUUAUAUCCUCUUGUCCUGUGGAUACCUGAGAUGGAAAGUUAAGAAAGGUCGAUGAUAAGUAUCACCAUAGACUUGUCUCGUUUGCAGAGCAAAACUUAAACUUGUACGCAGGCUCGUACACUCUUUUUAGUAUAAAGCAAACAAUGAUAAAUCUUUUUAAACUUAUAUGUGGGGAGGGGGGGAGUAAAACCACAUUAGAAUGGGAAAAAACAGGUUAUAUAUAUAUAUAGUUAAAUACAGAACAGAUACCAUUUUAUGCAGUUAAUUUGCACUUCCAUUAGCCGUUAUUCAAUUAAUUUGUUACUUGUUUACAUGCAGAUUUUAUAAUAAAGUAUUAUUUCCUGUUAUAAUGAA